CAGCACAUUUCUUGCACGUUGGUACCUCCCUGAGCGUACGCAGCUUGCUGCUGUGCAGGUGUUUUGCAUAAGGGAGCUCCUUGCUUUCGUCUUAACAGUGUGCCAGACGCUACCUGAAGUCAUGGCUGACCAGGUGGCUGCCAUGUGUGAUCAGCUUAUCAAAGCUGUGAAUGUGAUGAUGGAUGCGGAGACAAGCCAAAUUUACCGACUGGAGGCCCUAAAGUUUUGUGAAGAGUUUAAAGAGACAAAUUCCUUCUGUGUCCCAUGUGGCUUACAAUUGGCCGAUAAAGCCCAACCAGCUGUAGUGAGACACUUUGGUUUGCAAAUCCUGGAGCACGUCAUCAAGUUCCGAUGGAACAACAUGCAACAACAAGAGAAGGUCCAGUUGAAGGAGUGUGCCAUGCAGCUAUUAUCAAAUGGUACUCAUUCUAUCCUGGAGGAGGAGAGCCAUAUCAAAGAUGCCCUCUCACGAAUCACAGUGGAAAUGAUAAAGAGAGAAUGGCCUCAGCAUUGGCCAGAUAUGCUGAAAGAGAUGGAGGCUCUCACUAGCCAAGGGGAGGCACAGACAGAGGUGGUGAUGUUGAUCCUUUUGAGGCUGGCAGAGGAUGUGAUCACCUUCCAGACGCUGCCCACUCAGCGACGCAGAGACAUCCAGCAGACACUCACCCAAAACAUGGAAAGCAUCUUCAGUUUCAUGAUGGCAAUUUUGCAGCUCAAUGUCGAGGACUACCGUAAACUGAAAGGAAUGCCCGGACAUGAACUGCAGGCCAGAGCUCACUGUCGAGUCGCUGUGGCUACGCUGAAUACACUUGCAGGCUACAUUGACUGGGUGUCUCUGGUGCACAUCACCUCCGGAAACUGCCAUCUACUGGAAAUAUUAUGUCUGCUGCUGAGUGAGCCAGAGCUGCAGCUGGAGGCGGCAGAGUGCCUGCUCAUCGCUAUCAGCCGGAAGGGCAAGCUGGAGGAUAGGAAGCCAUUCAUGCUGCUGUUCGAUGAUGUUGCCAUCCACUACAUCCUUUCUGCAGCACAGUCAGCAGAUGGGCUGGCGAUAUCUAAGAAAUCCUCUGAAUCACAAGCGGUGGAGGUGGUGGAGCGGCGCUACAUCUUCCUCAAGAGGCUGUGUCAGGUCCUGUGUGCUCUGGGAGGACAGCUCUGCUCAUUAGUGGGUUCAGAGGUUGAGGUUGAAGUACCUGCAAAUCUCAGCAAGUACACGGAAGCCCUUUUAGCAUUCACUACACAUUCCAGUCAGUUUUUGAAGUCGUCCACUCUGGCUACAUGGGGAGCUUUGUUCAGACAUGAGACUCUGUCGAAGGAUGCGGUCGUUGUGGAGAUGGCCGUCAAAUACCUCAGAGCGUCUAUGACCAACCUAGUCAAGACUGGGUUUCCAUCUAGAGACGAUAACCCAAGUUGUGAGUACUCCCGUGUGGACUUCGACAGCGACGAGGACUUCAACUCAUUCUUUAAUUCUUUUCGAGCGCAGCAGGGAGAGGUGCUGAGGAGUGCAUGUCGCAUUGUUCCUCUGGAGGCCUUUCAGAUAGCAGCAGAAUGGUUACAGUAUCAAAUUGCCAGCCCUAUUGACAUGGGGGAUACCACAUCUAAAACUGCAGAGGGCCUGUGCUCCCUCCUGUCUCCAUCUGUGGUCCAAUGGGAUGCGAUGACCAUCUUCAUGGAGUGCAUGGUCGCACAGAUCUUCAAAAGUCUGGAAGAGGAGAAGUUGCCCAUCGAUCAGAGCAUGGAGCUGCUGCAGGCCGUGCUGAACUACGACACCAAAGACCCGCUCAUCUUGUCCUGUGUGCUCACCAACGUCUCUGCCCUCUUCCCGUUUGUCAUACACAGACCACACUUCCUGACACAGGUCCUAUACAAGCUCUUUAAAGCCAUCACAUUUGAGAUCGGUCAGGACAAUAAGGCACCUCGGACCCGGGCCGUAAAGAAUGUGAGGAGGCACGCCUGUUCUUCUAUCAUCAAAAUUUGCCGGGAUUACCCACAGUUCAUCUUGCCUUGUUUCGACAUGUUUUACAAUCACGUGAAGAAGCUGUUCUCCAGCGACGCCACAUUGACUCACAUGGAGAAAUGUUCACUGAUGGAAGCGUUGGUGCUGAUCAGUAACCAGUUCAAGGACUUUGCAAAGCAGAAGGCUUUUCUAGACGAACUCAUGGCGUCAGUGGUGACAGAAUGGACCUCAGAUGAGAUGAGGCAUGUGCUGUGGGACCCUGCCAUCUUCCUGUCCUUCAUUGGAGCGGAUCAGGUGGUCACCGAGCAAAAUGCAGAUUCAGACACAACAGGCCUUAAUAGGGGACGGUUGAGUUUUUGUUUGUAUGCCAUGUUGGGGGUGGUGAAACGGGCACGUUGGCCUGCAGACCUGGAGGAAGCCAAGGCCGGUGGCUUUGUGGCGGGUUACACCCCUGCUGGAGCCCCCAUCUACAGAAACCCCUGCACAGCCCAGUUUCUGAUCUUGCUGCCCAACCUGUUGGCUCUUAUCAGGACGCACAACAGUCUGUUUAUGCCAGAGAACAUGGCGCAUCUGAGUGAGACCUUUUCUAGGGCCCAUGAGGUGAUGGAUGCAGAGAAAAAUGUGGUUCUUGGUCUCUCUCAGCAUCUUUUGGACAUUUAUGACUCUCCAGUGUACAGAACCAACCUGGAGCGCAUGCAGGGAUUUUUCACCACAUUGUAUGAUAACUGCUUCCAUGUCCUGGGGAAUGCAGGUCUGUCCCUCCAGCAGGAAUUCUACACCAUUGAGAGGUUGGCUCAAGAAAUCGCUGGCUCUGCCUUCGUCUCCCUCGACCAUGUGCCUGACCACAGACUUCGCCCUAUGAUUCGGGUGUUUUUGAGGCAGCUGGUGCAAUCAUGUCCUCAGGAGUACCACGACAGUCUGCUCUGCCCCCUGCUGGGCCCUCUGUUCGCUUACAUGCAGCAGAGACUCAACGUCAAGUGGCAGGUCAUCAACCAGAGGACCUCAAUAAAUGGCGAGGAUGAGGAGGAGGUGGUGGGUCAGGAGAGCCAGGUGACGCAGGAGAUGUUGGAGGAGCAGCUGGUGCGCCUGGUCACUAGGGAGGUGCUGGAUCUUCUCUCUGUGAGCUGUAUUUCCAGAAAAGUGCCUGAACAUGCAGCAAAUAAAGAGGAAGUAGAAGAGGAAGACAUGAUGAUGGAAUCAGUGCAGACAGCGUCUCCGGCUCAGCCCACAGAGGAGCUGACUGAGCUGGGAAAAUGCCUGAUGAAACACGAGAACAUCUACAUGUCCCUGUUGACCCUCUCCUUCACCUCACUGUCAUGGAAGGACACCACCAACUGUCACCGAACUGCUUCCAUGGUCUGUUGGACCCUUCUGCGGCAGGUCGUAGGGGGUAAUCUUCUUCCUGAGGCGGUCACGUGGUUCUAUACCAGUGUUCUUAGGGGCCUUCAGAUUCAUGGGCAGCACGAAGUCUGCAACUCUACCCUCUCUCAGCUGGCCAUGCUCAUCUAUGAAAACCUGCGGCCUCGCUACAUGGAGCUGAGAACAGUAAUGACCCAGAUCCCAAACAUCAGUGCGGAGGCUCUGGACCAGUAUGACCACAGGCUCAUGGACCCCAAUGCCCAGAAAGUUGGAGACAAAAAGAGAAAAGACCAGUUCAAGAAGCUCAUUGCGGGAACUGUUGGGAAAGCUCUGUGCCAGCAGUUCAGGAAGGAGGUUCAUAUCCGGAAUCUUCCAUCGCUCUUUAAAAAGCCGAAGCCAGACAAGGAUGUACAGAAUAGUGAAGCAUUGGGCCUGGCAGCUCUCUUCUCCCCAGAGAAAAACACUCUGUAGGAACAUGCAGCGCUUCUAACGGACUCCGUACUGACUGAAGACAGGAGUUAUGUGUACAAACCGGGGUUUCCCUCACCAUCCUCCAGCUGGGGCAGUGUGGUGCUACCCAACAUAUCUGUCAACACUUUUUCCAAUUAGUCAUCUUUUAUUUUUACCCAUAUUGUGCUGCAACACCACUCACACUGAUAUAGUAAUAUCUUCCCACAGGCGAGAUUCACACAGAAGGUCCCUUUUUUAAAUCCCAUUUCACACUUCUGCUCCAUUUCUUGUGCAUACCUUUAAGGAGGUUGUAGGAAAUAUUUCAGAUCAAAGAAUGUUUUGUCUGUGUCAGAUUUUGUGAAGGGGACGAUCUAAAUAUAAUCAUUAAUAUUUGCUCUACAGCAGAAGCUCUGCUGAGCCAUAAACAAACCUUGAAAUAGGUAAAUUCUGUGUUUUGUCAUUUACUUUGGGCCUUUUUAAGGGGCAAUAUUUGCUAAUGGCCCAGCAUCAUGUUCACUGAGCAUGCCAUAGACAUAAAACUAGGGAAUGAAACUGAGAGCCCAGCUGUGGUUCGAUAUUCACCCUAGAAAUUGGCAUCGAAAGAUAUCCACACAAGCACAGCCAGUAUACUCAGUAGCUGCAGGAGUGGCCUGUUAGGAAGGACUGUGUGUGUGUGUGUGUGUGUGUGUGUGUGUGUGUGUGUGUGUGUGUGUGUGUGUGUGUGUGUGUGUGUGUGUGUGUGUGUGUGUGUGUGUGUGUGUUCUGGCUCGUAUGGUUUAUGCGAGGUGGAGACCUUUUGUACUUUAAAAAAAAAAAAAUCUUAAUUUCAGAGGAUAGUGUUGGCAGAUAUGUUGUGUGAGCAUGCUGCUGCUGCUGCUGUCAAGUCCUGGGUCGAAAAGAAAGGAAGACUUCUGGUACACAUUUCUCUAUUUACCGUAAUUUCCUUUUGACUGGACGAGCUUGAAUGCAGUUUCUGAUUCUGAAGCAUGUGCUAAUGGUACCUCAGGUGCAACGCUCCCUAUGAUGGAGUGAAGAUACUUUAUUGAAACCAACCCUAAGAGAAAAAAAGCAGCUCGAUUGUGUUUUCAUGAAUGGUUACCGUAGAUUUAAGUGUGAACAACAGUUUUCUAUUAUGCAGAUAUUACUAAGUCAUUGGGUAAUGCAAUGAUGGUUUGCAGUUUUGCCAGAUCUUCAUAUCAGCACAAUUUACACGACAGUUAGGAAUUAUGUAUUUAAUGCAGAUCACAUAUACUACAAAUAAUGCAGCCACAUUUUGUGCCAAAACACUCACAGUAGACUUGACAAACGUGACCAGACAAUUGUGUCUGAGAAGCAAAACCCAACAAUGUAACUUUUGAUUUAAAAAAAAAAAAAAAAAAAAUGUUUAAAGGUGGACUCAACAACUAAUGUGUAGCGUAAUCCAAGUGUUUCUAUUGUUUCCUAGCUAUUCAGUUGGUGAUGAUAUUCUGUUUGUCAUGUGGUCUUUUUGUGUUUGUACUGGUAUUGCCAAGAUGAACCAGCACUACAUUCCUUCAUUGUUCAAGGGAUUGUUUUUGAGAAUAAUUUGUUGGAUGUAUUUUGCUCUUAUGGAGCUAUCAUUGUGGAGAAAGAUUUGUUUUUUAAAACUAUGUGUUGUGUAUAUUCAGACCAAGAUAAAUGUGAGUUAUUUUGGCUUGGAGUGAGCCCCCUUUAAAUGCACAUAGAUGGGUCUGCAUUUCAGAUGCUGGUUUGCUGAGAACAGGUUCACUAUAUACUCACCAGGGAAUAGAAAUAUACAUGAAAUUAAAUUUUUCCAGUGAACUGUUUUCCCUGUCUUUGUGAUGAUUGUUCACAUGUGGCCAUUUUUAAUAAUGCGUGUUCAACACUAAAAUGUUCUGUACAAAGAAGAAAAUAGGCUUUUUAAAAGUGUAGCGUGGUUUAUAUUUUGUUGUUUUUAAAUAAAAUUAUAAUU